CUGAACUCCGAAUGCUCAAAUUUCCGACUGUCCUUGAAGACGUCGUUUCUCCAUCAGUACCCUGUAACCGCCUCAACUUUCUUCUCGUUCAUCCUCGAGGUUUGGAGCCGAGCUCAGCUCAAUAGAGGCGAUAAAGAAUAAACAUAUAAGCAACCACGUCAACAUUAACAUAAAGCGAACAUGAAGUUAUCUAUAAUUCGUAGUGCUUGCGGCAGCCUCCGGAUACAUCCAGCCCGUUCGGGGAGCAGGGUCCACGGCUUGUCGCGGAGAUGCGUACCAGUCGGUCCUGCCAACAGCAAGUUGAGCCUCCGACCGGUUAGCGGGACCAGCGGCGGCGGGACCAACCCGAAACUAGCCGUCAACUUUGGGAAACAGUCACAAGCGAAUGGUGGGCUUCAAAUCGACAGUUCUUUGAGGGAAGUGGUUCAGAGCACCAAGGAGGCAAUGGUGGCUCUGCAGAGAAGAAAUCCGGCUAUCCAACCAUUGUUAGCCAUUAUACAGGCAGGUGAAGAUGACAGCUUGUUGGAGUUCAAUAAGAAAAUGGCCAGCAGGAUUGGCUUAAACCUCACUCAGAUUUGUCUGGCAAAGGAGUGCAGUGAGGAUGAAAUUGUCGAGGAGGUGUUGAAGCUGAAUGAAGACCCAAAGGUGCAUGGAAUCUACCUCCACCUUCCGCCAGCUACACUCACCAGCCGGGUGCUGAACGCACUCAGACCUGACAAGGAUGUAGAUGGGAUAACUGAUUUGAACAUGGGCCGUCUGGUACGAGGGGACCUGAGCAAAGGCUACGUGCCCCCUUUAGCAAGCGCUGUCCUGGAUCUGCUGGAGAAACACAGUGCUCCUUUAGAUGGAAAGACCGUGUUGCUGGUUGGAGAUGAAGGACCCUUCAGCAUGGCUCUGCAGUGUCUGAUUGAGAGAAGUGGGAUGGUAGCUUUGAAGAAUCACUGGAGCUCCAAGAGCUUACAGAGAAAGCCUGAUGCAGUUGUCCUGUUAGGGGCAGGGAAUAUGGAUGUCCCAUCUACCUGGGUUAGACCUGGAGCUGCCAUCAUCCGCUGUGUAACAGAUGAAAAUGACAUUGAGAUGCCUUCAAAGUCUGGCUUAGGAUACCUUACAGCAGCUUACAGAACACAGAAUGUGGUGCAUAGUUGCAGUCGGUGGCUGCAGGACCAACAGUAUCGACCCUGGAGUCUGCGCAGUCUCAAACUGCAGCCCCUCACCCCUGUACCAAGCGACAUAGAGAUUUCUAGAGCUCAGACUCCAAAGCCAGUAAACCAACUGGCUGAGGAGAUCGGUCUUCUGCCUGAAGAGCUUGAGGCCUAUGGCAGGAGCAAAGCUAAGGUGCGACUCUCGCUUUUAGACCGCCUCAACACACAGCCUGAUGGGAAAUAUGUACUGGUUGCUGGUAUAACCCCCACCCCACUGGGUGAAGGUAAAAGCACGGUGACCAUCGGCCUGGUCCAGGCUUUGUCUGCCCAGCUUAAGCUGAACUCCUUCGCCUGUCUUCGACAGCCUUCUCAGGGACCAACCUUUGGGGUUAAAGGGGGAGCUGCAGGAGGCGGGUAUGCCCAGGUCAUCCCCAUGGAGGAGUUCAACCUCCAUCUAACUGGUGACAUUCAUGCCAUCACAGCAGCCAAUAACCUGGUUGCAGCAGCCAUCGAUGCCAGGAUGCUCCAUGAAACGACCCAAUCGGACAAGGCCCUGUUCAACAGGCUGGUCCCUUCAGUGAAUGGAGUGAGGAGAUUUUCCCCCAUUCAAAUCUCCAGGCUUAGACGUCUAGGGAUCAACAAAACAGAUCCUGCAUCUCUUACACCCCAGGAAGUCAGCACCUUUGUACGUCUUGACCUUGACCCUUCCAAGAUCACCUGGCAGAGAGUCGUGGACACAAAUGACCGCUUUCUGAGGAAGAUCACAGUAGGACAGGCAAGCACUGAAAAAGGACAGAUCAGAGAGACUGGCUUCGAUAUCGCAGUGGCCAGCGAGAUCAUGGCCAUCCUGGCUCUUGCAGACAGCCUGGAGGACAUGAAAAACAGACUGUCGCGCAUGGUGGUGGGGACCAGUCGCUCCGGACAGCCUGUCACCGCAGAAGACCUGGGUGUGAGUGGAGCUCUGGCCGUCUUAAUGAAAGAUGCCAUCAAGCCUACGUUGAUGCAGACCCUCGAGGGUACGCCAGUGUUUGUCCAUGCUGGGCCUUUCGCCAACAUCGCCCAUGGCAACUCCUCGGUGCUGGCAGACAAGCUGGCUUUGAAGUUGGUCGGACGGGACGGCUUCGUGGUGACAGAAGCUGGUUUUGGAGCUGACAUCGGGAUGGAGAAGUUCUUCAACAUCAAAUGUCGGGCUUCAGGGCUGAGACCAAAUGUGGUGGUGCUUGUUGCAACUGUCCGAGCGUUAAAGAUGCAUGGCGGUGGACCAAAUGUGUCAGCAGGUGCACCUCUUCCCAGAGAGUACAUUGAUGAGAACCUGAGCCUCGUUGCAGGUGGUUGCCAUAGCAAUCUCAGGAAGCAGAUCCAAAUAGCACACCUUUUUGGGGUACCCGUAGUGGUGGCACUCAAUGUCUUCAAGACAGACACUCAGGCAGAGAUCGAUCAGGUUUGUCAGAUAGCCAAAGAGUGCGGAGCAUCAGACGCUGUGCCGUGUCACCACUGGGCGCAGGGCGGGCGAGGAUCCAUAGAGCUCGCCCAGGCUGUGAAAGAGGCUUCCAGCAGACCCAGUGACUUCAAGUUCCUCUACCACAAAGAGAUGCCAAUAGUGGAGAAGAUCAGAACAAUUGCCCAGAGAGUGUAUGGAGCUGAUGACAUCGAGCUGUCUCCAGAGGCGGAGGCCAAGAUAGAUUACUACAAUCAACAGGGUUAUGGUUCAUUGCCUAUCUGCAUGGCCAAGACUCACCUGUCCCUGUCACACAUGCCUGACAAGAAGGGUGUUCCAACAGGAUUUGUUUUGCCAAUCAGAGAUGUUCGCGCCAGUAUCGGGGCUGGCUUCAUCUACCCACUUGUGGGAACGAUGAGCACCAUGCCUGGUCUACCCACCCGGCCCUGUUUCUAUGACAUUGACCUUGACCCGGUCACAGAGGAGAUCACUGGGCUCUUCUGAGCAUCCUACACUAAAGAAAAACAUUCAGGACCCACCGCUCUUUCCAGACACCUUUUAACUUCCUGCACAUCACAUGAACAUGUUCUGGAAAGCAAGAAACGCAUCACUGAAGCCUUAGCUUAAUGCUGUAUUUGCACAUCUCGUGUGAUAUGCCAAAGAUAACAUGCAGCUGUAUUGUGCGUGUCAUACAUGCUGUAUGUGUGAAUCCUCUCUGUACGAUGUUUACUGUGCAUAGAGAGUGUAUUCAAACAAUCUUGAAUUCAAUUUAAUUCUAACUUUUCAUAAACUUAUAAUUCCAUUAAUUUCUUGUGUGUGUUAAAUAAUUAACUGAGAAAUCGUACAAUGAUGCUACAUGUUGAAACCAUGUCUUAAGCUUUUCAACUGAAAAGGGGGCAGCUUGUUUAUUUACUUAUAUGGACUGAAUUGCUGUUGUACGCACAGAAAGCCAUUAUGUUGGUUAUGUAAACUUGAGUAUUCUAUCCUGCUGGAUGCAGCUCUACUGCCUUAGAAUAAUAAAAGUAUGACUUCAGUAAAUGUUUUAUAAGCAUUGUUUAAGUGUAGCAUUUUAUGGGAGGCACAGUUACAUAUCCAGCCUGACAGUGAAACUGUUUUUGGAGCAUUCAUUAACACAUUUGUUAUUUUUAAUUGCCUUAACAAUAACCUUAAACAGCUCAUUCAAUGUUUGGUCUUCGCUGUGACAAAAAAAUACCUCUUCUAGAAUCUCUUGAGGUUAAUGCUUUAUAUCGUAAAUGUUUACAAUGUUUUGUGUUUGUGGUCUCUGAUGUAUAACCUCUUUACUUUUCACGCUUUUGUCCCUGCUCGUACAGUUUCAGCUGGCCAUGUUAUCAUAAUCUUGUUUUGAUUAUCACAUAGAAACAUGAUUAACGUCCAGUGUCUGUGUGUCCUGACCCGUCACUUGAUGCGAUUAUUUAGUGCCUGAAACACAAUUGACUAACGGAAGCUAUUGUUUUAUCUGAGUUAAGUGAAGCUAAGUUUUGUUGUACAAGCGCUACAACAGAUUGAAUGAUACACUAAU